AUGAAAAUCCCUUCGUGCAAUUGCCAAGGUCUCGCUCGAGACUCGGCAAACCAAGCCUUAAUGGCUUGGGUGAGAAAAUACAAACCAGAAUGUAUUUUUCUCAUGGAAACUAAAAGACAAAGUAGUCAUAUGGAGAUGAUAGUGAGAAGAUUAGGUUAUUGUUGUUCAAGCAUAGUUUCGGCAAGAGGGUUAGCAAGUGGAUUUUGUCUUCUAUGGAAUCAAGAAAUAAAGCUGAAAGUCAUUCAUUUUGAUAAUAACAUCUUUGAAGUAGAGGUGCAAGAUCCUCAAUCUCUCAACUUUUGGAGAUUAUUUGCAACAUAUGGAACUCCUUAUGGAAAUAAGAAGGCAAAUUUAUGGGCUUAUCUUGUAGACAAAGUCUUAUCUUGCAAAUCUCCUUGGCUAGUAGUGGGAGAUCUCAACUGUGUCCUCAAUGAUGAAGAGAAAAUGGGAGGUAGAGCUGUUACAAGCAAGGACACAAUGUGGCUGAAGGACUUUCUUUAUUAUUCUGGGGGGAUUGACCUUCGCUUCAACGGGUGUAAGUACACAUGGCAGAAUAAGAGAUUCCAAGGCGAUUUGAUCAGAGAAAGGCUAGAUAGAGGUAUAGGUUCCUCUGAAUGGAUUGCAUAUUUCCCCGACGUUAGAGUCAGAAACUUCCCUAUUUCAAUUUCAGAUCAUGCUCCUAUUAUAUUAGAUACCAAGAUGCACUCAAGGCGGGGUAGAAUUCCUUUCCGCUUCUAUGAUGCAUGGACGGUGGAAAGCUCCUGUAGGGAUGUGAUUAGGAAGAUUUGGGGUCCAAGCACUUUCGAAGCUACCAAGGAAAUGCUAAGGAAUUUGAUCAAACCAGAAGAGAUCUUCAGAGGUGGAAAAAUAAAAGCAUUGGUGAUAUGGAUCAAGCUAUAUGCAUGUUGGAACAGAGACUUGAUUGGAUUCAAUAGAAAGAAAUACCGGAUGACCUGA